AUGUUCCUGGUCAAGGUUUUGAGGAGGGCCCUAACAUCCCAGCAAGGCUUCAAGACAUGGUGUGGCAACCAAGAGCCCACUUCUGUGCUCCUCAGGGUGGCCCAGACCUGUGGGGAUGUUGGAGGAGCUCAAGUGUUGGCAACAGGCAAGUCUCCUGAGACUGAGAUCGAUUUCAAGUAUGCCAUCAUUGGAACUGCGGUGGGUGUCGUCAUAUCAGCUGGUUUCCUGGCCCUGAAGGUCUGCAUGAUCAGGAGGAACCUGUUUGAUAACGACUCUUCAGACCUGAGACACACACCCCCGGGCUUCAGUGACACCAUCCUGCUGAAGAAGAGAGCCCCAAGGCUAAACCUCAAUUCCUCCAAAAGAGAUGAACAAGUGAUUGAACUGUGA